GAAGCGCACAGCGAAAACAAAGAUGGCGGCCGUGCCGGGGUCGGUGGCCGCGGCGGCUGUGGGGCGACGCGCGGGCCGGGCCCACUGAGGCGGCUGCGCAGGGAGCGGGGCUCCGGGGUCGCGGCGGCGGCGGCGGGAGAGUGGCGGGAGCGCGCGGCGCCCCUAACUUCUAGUCGCGGGAGCGCGCCGGCAUCCGCCCGCCGGGCCGGCCGGCCGCUAUGUCCGGCGCCGAGGAGGCCGGCGGUGGCGGCCCGGCCGCGGGGCCCGCGGGCUCCGUGCCGGCCGGGGUCGGGGUCGGAGCCGGGCCCGGGGCGGCCGCCGGGCAGGCGGCGGCGGCGGCGCUGGGCGAGGCGGCGGGGCCUGGGCUCCCGGACGAGGCGGGCUUGGCGGGCGCCCGGCAGCUACAGCUGCAGGAGGCGGCCGGCGACCCCGACGCGCCGCCCAAGAAGCGGCUGCGGGCAGCCGAGGCGGCCGAGGCGGCGGCGGCGGCGGCGGCGGCCGGCAGCGGGAAACUGGAGGAGCGGCUCUACUCGGUGCUGUGCUGCACCGUGUGUCUGGACCUGCCCAAGGCCUCCGUGUACCAGUGUACUAAUGGUCACUUGAUGUGCGCUGGCUGUUUUAUCCACCUACUAGCAGAUGCCCGGCUGAAGGAGGAGCAGGCCACGUGCCCCAAUUGUCGUUGUGAGAUCAGUAAGAGCCUCUGCUGCCGGAACCUGGCCGUGGAGAAAGCCGUGAGUGAGCUGCCUUCAGAGUGUGGCUUCUGCCUGCGCCAGUUUCCCCGUUCCCUCCUGGAGAGGCACCAGAAAGAGGAAUGCCAGGACAGGGUAACCCAGUGCAAGUACAAACGCAUCGGCUGCCCAUGGCACGGCCCUUUCCAUGAGCUGACGGUGCACGAGGCUGCGUGCGCCCACCCGACCAAGACAGGCAGCGAGCUGAUGGAGAUCCUGGAUGGGAUGGACCAGAGCCACCGCAAGGAGAUGCAGCUGUACAACAGCAUCUUCAGCCUGCUCAGCUUCGAGAAGAUUGGCUACACAGAGGUCCAGUUCCGGCCGUACCGCACAGACGACUUCAUCACGCGCCUGUACUAUGAGACGCCCAGGUUCACGGUGCUGAACCAGACGUGGGUCCUGAAGGCUCGCGUCAACGACUCGGAGCGUAACCCCAACCUGUCCUGCAAGCGUACGCUCUCCUUCCAGCUCCUCCUCAAGAGCAAGGUCACGGCACCGCUGGAGUGCUCCUUCCUGCUGCUCAAAGGCCCCUAUGACGACGUGAGGAUCAGCCCCGUCAUCUACCACUUUGUCUUCACCAACGAGAGCAACGAGACGGACUACGUGCCACUGCCCAUCAUUGACUCCGUGGAGUGCAACAAGCUGCUGGCCGCCAAGAACAUCAAUCUGCGGCUCUUCCUGUUCCAGAUACAGAAGUAGGGCGGGGCCUCAGGACGCCCGAAGAGCCGACGGGUGGCAUCCCAGCACCGCUGCCCUGUCCACCUGGCUGGCAGCUGCUUCACAGGACUAUCUGAUCACUUUAGCAAAGGAGGAGAACGAACGAAGCCAACACAGGGCAAGUCUGCAUGCGUGCGCGACGGGGCCCCCGCCUCCAGCUCACCCCCCCACCCCUGCCUCCCCUCCUUCCAAGGGCCGCCAGAGGCUGGGCUGACCCGAAGAAGAGGAGACGGUGCACCAGGCACCCCGAGGCUCAGAGACGGUGGCAGCAAGGAGGCCGAGAGGCACGGCGACCCUGCCCCAGCCCUUCUGUGCAGUCAGGCGGCGGUGCUGCUCCAUCCCUGCGGGUUCCGGCCGGGCGCGGGGGCCUUGCUGACAUCAGACGGGAUAUCCGAAUAUCUGAUAGCAAUUAAAAGGCAGCCUUGUUUCGUA